CGUCAGGCAAUCUCGAAUAUAGCCGGAACGGCAUCUUUUGUCGUUUGGCUUUUUGCACAAUCUCCUCAAUUGUAUGAAAAUUACAAAAAUUCAAGUUGUGAAGGACUUUCAUUUGUUUUCUUGGCACAAUGGAUGGCUGGCGAUGCAACAAAUCUGAUCGGAAGCGUAUUAACACAACAACUUCCAUUUCAAAUUGCAGUCGCUACCUACUUUUGCUGCAUUGACGUGUGUAUUCUGAUACAGUAUUACUAUUACUGGAAAAGAGAUCGCAGAUUGGCAAAGGCAAAAGAGAAGCAUGCCAGGCAGAUCCGACAUGCUUAUCGAUCGCAAACUCUCGAGUCUAGCGGCCAAGCCGGAGAUCGACCAAAUAUGAGUCAAAGAGGGACUAGCGUACAGAGUACAAGGUCUGGCAUGUUGAACUCCAUAGAUUCGAUACAUACUCCCGUUGAAUCGCCUUCUCUUGAACGUGUGAUCGGAAGGAUAAGUGCAUGGACAUGUACGAUUUUGUAUAUGACCUCACGUUUACCACAAAUAUGGACAAAUAUGCAACGUAAAUCCGUUCAGGGUUUGAGUAUUUUGCUCUUCAUUGCUGCCGCAACGGGCAACUUUUUAUAUUCUAUCAGCAUUCUCGUUAACCCAAAGGCACAAUCACCUCCUCAUACCCCGCAAGAAAAGACGGCAUAUUUGAUGGAAAGCUUGCCUUUCUUACUAGGGAGUGGCGGGACUCUCAUUUUUGAUGCAAUCAUUAUUAUGCAAUGG